AUGAACCAAGCCAACCCAAAUUUCCAAGGUGCUCAAGGAAAUUUCGUACCUCGUCAACAACAAUAUAAUCAAGGUAAUUAUCGAGGUGGAAACAAUUUCGGCUACCAAGGUCAAUUUCAACAAUCGGGUGGUCAAAGUGGUUCUUCGGGUCAAACUUCAUCAAGCGGGAAUGAAUUUAUGGAUAUGCUUCGGGAAAUGCAACAAGAUAUGCAAAAGAGGAAUCAACUUGAUGAAGUUCGGACGCAAAAUGGUGAAGUUCGUGACAAGAGCAUUCAAACGUUAACAACUCAAAUGGGUCAACUAGCAAUGGAGGUGGCGGAGUUAAAAAAAGGUAAAGGUCAACUUCCUAGCGACACUAAGGUAAAUCCUUCUCAUAACUCAUCACGUAAUAUUCCUAUUAACCAUGUUAGUGUUUUAAGAAGUGGAAAAGAAUUCAAAGCAAAUUUGUCAUCGGGUUUGGUUGAUGGGGUGGUUGAGGAUACUACGGGAAAUGAAUGUGAUGAGGAUGAAAUCUCACCCUCAAUUGUGUCCAAGGACUCUAAUGUUGAAAAGGUAAUUCAAAAACCGGGGUUGGGUGAAAUUUUUAAAGAUAAAAAUGAGGAAGGGGGGCCAAGCCAAAUCCCAUUUCCAUCGGCUUUAACUGACCCGGGCGUUGUUAGUCUUGGAGCCGGAGUGAGUAUUUUACUGGGGGGCUUAUACGACCAAUAUGAUUUUGGUCCAUUAGCACGGGUUGAGACAACGGUGGUUCUCGCCGAUUUGUCUCAUAAGCUACCCCGAGGGACGGUGCAAGAUGUCAUAGUCAAAGUUGAUGAGUUUUACUAUCCUGAUGACUUUUUAGUCUUAGAUUACUCAUCCGUGCACCCAAAACAACAACAAAAUGUUACUUUCGGUCGGCCAUUUUUUAGCACCGCUCAUGCCGUGAUUGAUUGUCGAUUUGGUACAGUCAACAUGACAUUCGGCAAUAGAAAAAUGAGAUUGAAUGUUUACACUAACAAUUCUAAUUCUAUUGGCGUUGAUGAGUGCUUUAUGGCAGAUUUAGUUGACGGAUGUGACCUGUAUGAGUAUGAGGAAGAUAGUGUGGACACUUGUUUUUGUGAUUUUUCUAAACAGGUACAUGCUUGUGCAUUGAGGGUUAAGGAGAAAGAACAAGAUGCUAUGGCACUUAAAGAGGGUCGACCGCCAUGGACCCAUCAGUUUGAGAGCUUACCGGUGGAAAUUAAUUCGAGUACGAAACCGUCUUUGGAGGAGCCACCGACAUUGGAACUGAAAGACUUGCCAAGCCACAUGAAGAUGACCUAUAAAACUCCUAUUGGUACAACUCCUUACCGAUUAGUGUAUGGGAAAGGAUGUCACUUACCAAUGAAGUUAGCUUAUCGGGCACAUUGGGCAAUAAAAACGGUGAACGCGGAUUACGAUGAAGCGGGUAAGAUUCGGAAAUUACAGUUGAGCAAGAUAGAAGAGGUCCGAGAUGAAGCUUAUGAGUGUGCGUCGGCGUACAAGGAUAAGCUCAAAAAGGUUCAUGAUGCGAAGAUUAGGAAGCGAACCUUUGAAGUGAGCCAGAAAGUGUGGUUGUAUAACUCGAGAUCGAAGUUAUUCGCGGGCAAGCUAAAAAGUAAAUGGAUGGGUCCAUACAUGAUUACGCGAGUGGGUCAAUUUGGUGAUGUUGAUAUUGAAGAUGUUCAUACGAAUGUGAAGCAAACAGUGAAUGGACGUCAGCUCAAGCCAUAUUUGGAAGGCAAUGACAUCAACAAUCUCGAGCUCGACAAGGUGGGCUACAUCCUACGCCCGGUAAACGGGGAACAAGCAUGA